GUACAGCGCUUGGAUUUACCAUUUACCAUUUACCAUUUUGUUUGGGUCGAAGCGGCAACGCAGACGGAACUCCAGUUUUUGACGCAUGUUGUUACACGGACGCUUAACCGUGUAGCAAGCAAGGUCUUGAACAGUUCUGUGUAAAAAAACAUGAAAACUUAAGUUACAGUAACAGCUUAAAUGUCAGUAAAAUGAGGCUUCAACAAAUACUCCGUGACGCUUCAAGAUUCCGAGCUGUUUUCGAUUUUGGCGAACGAAAUAUUGCACAUUGGUUCCCGGGCCAUAUGGCAAAAGGUUUGAGACGGAUGAAAGCGAAUCUGAGAAAGGUGGACUGCAUAUUAGAAAUUCACGAUGCCAGAAUACCGUUCUCUGGGAGAAAUCCAGCCUUUCAAGAAAGCUUAAACAUCCGACCACAUUUACUGAUAUUGAACAAAUUGGAUCUGGCUGAUCCAUCCAGCAAGCAGAGGGUUCUUAAACAGCUGGAGCAAAGUGGUUUGGAGAACGUGCUAUUCACAGACUGCCUGAGACAGAUGGAUGUUAACGUUAAAAAGAUCGUUCCCAUGGUGACGCAGCUGAUUGAGAGCAGCCCUCGUUACCACAGAGAAGAGGACACACACUACUGCUUGAUGGUGAUCGGAGUCCCGAAUGUGGGGAAGUCAUCACUGAUUAAUGCUCUGAGGAGAACAAACCUGAAAAAAGGUCGAGCUUCUAGGGUUGGAGGGGAACCGGGCAUAACUAAGGCCGUCUUAACCAAAAUCCAGGUCUGCGAGAGGCCGGCUCUGUUUUUAGUCGACACGCCCGGAGUGUUUCCUCCUAAAAUCGAAAGCUUGGAAACGGGAAUGAAGCUAGCCUUGUGUGGAACCAUAUUGGACCAUUUAGUUGGUGAAGACAUCAUUGCUGAUUAUUUACUGUACUCCCUGAACAGACUUGAAAAAUUCAGUUAUGUGGAUCACUACAGCCUGCCGGAGCCCAGUGAUGACAUUCAGCAGGUCCUGAAGGGCAUCGCCGUGAAGCUGGGGAAGACCCAGAAAGUCAAGGCCAUCACUGGAGUGGGUGACAUCACCAUCACAAUGCCGAACUACAGUGCUGCUGCAUACCACUUCAUCAGGGCGUUCAGACAGGGAGAGCUGGGCAGAGUGACCCUGGACUGACCACACUGCCCCCUGCUGGUCGGAGGAGUGGAAGGCAGUCACAAGUGGCUGAAAUACUGAAAUAAAUCUGUGUUCAGGCACUAAGCCAUAAUAAAAGUUAUUUUUGUAAGA